CUAAAAUUAUGCUUCUAACGAUUAAGUUUUAUAAAUAAUUAUUAAUUUUGAAUGAAAUUUUGAUCAAUAAGUAAUCAUGGGUGAAAAGAAAAAUGAAACCCCAGCGAGUGUCGAAGCCGAUCGUCGUCUUCUCUUCUACGACACUUACGAAGACUACCUAGACUCCUUGAUAGAAAUCGCUGACCUGCGGAACCUCAGAAGUAUAACUACAGCGAGAACCAUCGCUGAAUUGGGAUACAGAGCUAAAGGCGAUACGCUAUCUCAAAAGGAGUUCUACAAGCGGCGAGCAGCAAUCGGAGAGGUGGUGUUCCCCACAGUCAAGCCUUACGUUCUGGUGAGCGAGGUAGCAGAUCUCUCGGACCCUUUCAACAGGGAGUUAGCUAUCAGAGAGAGAGCUAAUAGAGUUGGUAUCAUUCACACUAUAAUCUUUCUCCGUCAUUUCACACGCGGGGGUUUUGAAAUAUCUGGGUAUAUUGACUACGCCCAUCGGUUGCUUAGCGAGAACUGGGGCCCCUUCUUCAAAGGCAACAAGAGGUUGUGGCCGAGGGACAACGACCUGGGAUAUUACCAUUGGCGACACGGAACUGUGAGAAGUAAUAUGAGUAGAAACUACAAACCCGUCAUGGACCCUGAUCGUGGCCUGUUAUUCCAAAACAGACAUGACCACAAGAUCAUAUGCCCUGACCCCGCUCAAGAACCCGGACAGAACACUAUAAAGCAACGGGUCCACUCGCCAAAAUACACCCAGAUCGAAAUAUACGACCACGUUGUCAGAAAGAAGAGUUGACGCCUUGAUAUCUAACGAAAAGUUAAAUACUUGUGGUUUGAAAUUAUUUGCUUACUUGGAGAAAUAAAACAAUGUUUUUGUGAAAAAUCCAGUUUAUUCAUAUAUAUAAUC